AUGGCUGCCACCCAGCAAAAGCUAUUCUUCAGGGCGAGGGCCCUGGACGUCAACAAGCCCAUGCCAGUACUACGGACGGAAGAUGUGCCAGAUUUACCCGACUUCGCUGCCAUCAACCGGGCGGUCCCGCAGAUGCCCACCGGAAUGGAAAAGGAGGAGGAAUGUGAACACCAUCUUCAGAGGGCUAUCUCCGCUCAACAAGCAUUCGGCCGAGCUGUUGAUCAUGUCAUCCCUACACCCGAAGUGUUUCUCAUCCCUGACAAUGAAUACGAUGAGCUGUACCCGGCGAAUUGCAAGAGUCCUCGGAAUUACAUUCAUAUUCAGCUUCAGUCAUUCGAGCAAGACUACCCUGAGUAUGACAUGGACUCUGAGGACGAAGAGUGGCUCAACAAGGAGAAACAAAAGCUGAACAUCGACGAGACUCAGUUCGAGCAGAUGAUUGAGUGUCUAGAAAAGAGCGCGGGAAUUAAAGUCAGCAACCUCAACGAAGCAAAGUCUCUUCUGAAAGGCGAUGAAAGUGUAGUGAUCUCCGUCUACGACUACUGGCUCAAUAAAAAGUUACGCCUCGGGAAAUCUCUCUUGCCAACUAUUAAAACCGAGAAACGCGAUGGAUCUUCAGGCAACAACCCGUACAUUGCCUUUAGGAGAAGAAUCGAAAAGAUGCAAACGCGAAAGAACCGCAAAAACGACGAAACAUCAUACGAGAAGAUGUUGAAGCUAAAACGUGACUUUACAGCAGUUCGUGAUAUGAUGCAGUUGGUCAAACGCAGAGAGUCGCUGAAACUCGAGCAUCUGAAGAACACUUUUGAAGUUGUUGAAAAAAGGUAUCGGAUGGGCGAUUACAAUGGCCAAAUCUACGGCGAGAUCAUGGCGGCCAGACAAGCGCAGUUGGCUGCCAGUAAUCAUGCCCGAGAGAAGGCAAACCGAAUCUCCAAGAAUGACGAAAAUGCUCAAGCGAAGAGGAAGCGAGACUACAAAAAGCGACCCAAACAGGAAGCUGCAGUACCGCAGAGAGCGCUUCGUGAGACCGGCGAGUUCAGCUCAGAUGAUGAAAAUGCCAACGAUAUCGUCUUUCAAGGUGGUCAAAUUGCGUCGGACGAAAGUGACGACAACCCUGAUGAGUCUCUUCAAACCGAUUUGAGUGACGCCCCGACGGUGAAUAAUGAAACCAAGCACGACUUCGACAUGAGCCUCUUCAAGUCAGACGCGCUCUCUUCGAUAGCUCGGCCAGCUGCUCCCCUCCUUAACCUUUGUGAUAUUUAG